GACGGUUCAUUUGCGCACACGCUCUCUUCUUUGAUCUUCACCGCACCGCAAUCAUGGCUCUUAGCAAGGGAGUUUUGCUGGGUAUGGGCAACCCGCUCUUGGACAUUUCCGCCCACGUCGACGAGGCCAUGCUGGCAAAAUACGAUCUUAAGUCCAAUCUUGCCAUUUUGGCUGAGGAGAAGCAUCUGCCCAUCUACCAGGAGCUCGUGGACAACUACGCCGUGGAGUACAUCGCUGGCGGCGCCACUCAGAACUCGAUCCGCGUCGCCCAGUGGAUGCUGAAGGAGCCCAAGACCACCGCCUUCAUCGGCUGCGUUGGCAAGGAUGAUUAUGCCAAGCAGCUCGAGACUGCCGCCGGCGGGUGCCACGUCGACGUCAACUACAUGUACGAUGAAUCUGCCACUACAGGCACUUGCGCCGUGCUUGUUACUGGCAACGAGCGUACUCUGGUGGCCAACAUCGCUGCAGCCAACAACUACAAGGCUGAGCACUUGGAGGAGAAGCACAUUCAAGAGUUGAUCGACAAUGCCCGAUUUUUCUACAUUUCUGGCUUUUUCUUGACCGUCUCGCCGCCCUCCAUCCUUCGCGUGGCCAAGCACGCUUGCGAGAAGGAGAAGAUUUUCUCCAUGAACCUGGCUGCUCCUUUCAUCAACCAAUUCUUCAAGGAGCCUCUUCUCCAGGCCCUGCCUUACUGUGAUUUUGUUUUCGGUAACGAGUCUGAGGCCGCCGCCUUUGCUGAGGCCAAUGAUCUGGGCACCACGGACGUCAAGGAGAUUGCUCUCAAGAUCGCUGGUCUUCCCAAGGAGGGCAAGCGCGCUCGUGUUGCCGUCAUCACUCAGGGACCGCACCCGACUAUCAUUGCAACUGAGGGCAAGAUCACCGAGUAUGGCGUGGACGCUGUGACGGCGGACAAGAUUGUGGAUACCAACGGUGCUGGCGAUGCGUUUGUCGGUGGCUUUCUUAGCCAGCUUGUUCAGGACAAGCCCAUUGAUGAGUGCGUGCGUGCGGGUCACUGGGCGGCGCAGCUGAUCAUUCAGCGCUCAGGCUGCACCUACCCCGCGACGUGUGACUUCCAAUAAAUGUCUUGUUUGGUUGCCAUCCCAACCUUUAAAAAACAAAUUCUCACUCAAGGAGUGAGGGUCUCGAAAUCAAAAGGUGUUUGCGAAGUGUUGAAUCAUGACUUGAA